AUGACGUGGAAUUUAUUUCAACUGUUUCUACUAUUGUUGCUGCGGCAGCUCCUUGCUACUGUGGCACUCUAUGAGCAGUGCAACCAUCAGCUGGAACUGCAGGCGGGACAGAAAAUCUACAUCAAUUCACCCUACUAUCCUGGCCAGUAUCCAGCGGGCAGCUCCUGUCGCUAUGCUCUCCAAGCGCCCAAGGAUCACGUGUUAAGAUUUAAGUGUGAUCUGCAGCUGUUCACGCUGGUUAAGGACACGCGCUGCCGCGCGGAGGUGUUUCACUUCAAUGCCGAAGGCGACGAGCUGUUGACAAGUUCCGAAUACUUUUGUGGCGCUGGCAAGUUCGAGCGCCAAAGUUUUCUUAAUCGUGCCGUGAUUUCCUACAUAUCGCAGCGGAAGGAGGCGGCAGCAACUGGUACAGUUCCAGCAGCACUGGUGCUCAAGUUGAAGGAUAAGCUGCCAACGCGGAUCAAAAACACCAACAUUACCAGCAGCACUACAACAACAACAACCACAACAACAACGACUACAAAGGCACCCCCAGUUAAGGAGUACGAAGAAGAUGAGAAGGAAGCGGGCCAGCAGAAUGGGGACGAUGAUGAUGAUGAUGAUGAUAACUUUUCAAACGAGGUGCUGCACGUGCUACAGGAUGUGGGCGUGAGCGAUGCAUUGGCUUAUGUCGCCUCGCUGCUCUACGAUGAUGGGUCCAACAAUGGUCGUCGAAUUGGCAUCACGCCCGCACCAGCCACUCCCCAGUUGGACAACUUGGCCCAGCUGCCAAGACGCAGCACUGCAAAGACUUCCGCAAAACGUGGCCAGCGAAUUGUGUCCAUUUAUCCAUUGGGCGUGCCAGGUGGUGGUCGCUUCUCCUGCCUCGUUGAGGCUGUCGCACCCAAUUGCAACUGUGGCUGGAGCCUCGUCCAGCGCAUUGCAAGUCCAACAAACGAUGAGGCAUCGCUGCAUGAGUUUCCCUCCAUGGCUGGUGUGCUGACCAAGAGACAGGGCAAAGUGUUCUGCGGUGCUGCGAUCAUUCAUCAUCAUUAUUUGCUCUCCGCCGCACACUGUUUUUUCAGUCCAGAGACAAAUCACGCCUCGCUGCUGAGGAUUGUGGUUGGGGAGCAUGAUCUGUCUAGUGCCUACGAGACAUUGUUCACCCGUCGCUACGAUCUGGAUGCAUUGAUACUCCACGAGCAGUUCAGCCAGACGAAUGGCCAGUUGCGCAAUGAUAUCGCCCUGUUGCGUACCCAUGCUCCCAUUCUGUUCAAUCGGAGGGUUGGACCCGCCUGUCUGCCCCUGCAGCCAACGGCUAGUGGCAAGAAGCUGCCACUGGUGGGUCAACAGCUGCUGGCUGCCGGUUGGGGCACCACCUCCUAUGGUGGACCGCAGACACAUCGCCUGUUAAAGACAACGCUGGAUGUGAUCAGCUCGGUGCAGUGUCGCAGCACUCUUACCCAAGGAUCCGUCCCCGCUCACAGCUUUUGCACCUACACGCCAGGCCGAGAUACGUGUCAAUAUGACUCUGGCGGUGCGCUGUAUGACCGUAGUAAUGGCCACCUCAUGGCCGUAGGCAUUGUGAGCUACGGUUAUGCUUGCGCCACCCAACAGCCAUCGGUGAACACCAGAGUCGCCUCGUUCAUCAAAUGGAUUAGGUCUAAGACGCCGGAGGUGGCAUACUGUCUAAAGCAUAUAUGAAAUAAUAAAGCAAACUAAGGCACAA